AUGGACUCCUUGGUUGAGCCUCGGUGGCCUCCGGGCCUGGCGGUCAUGAAGACUGUAGAUGAUUUGCUUCGUUGUGGAAUUUGCUUUGAAUAUUUUAACAUUGCAAUGAUAAUUCCUCAAUGUUCACAUAACUACUGUUCUCUCUGUAUAAGAAAAUUUCUAUCCUAUAAAACUCAGUGUCCAACUUGUUGUGUGACAGUUACAGAGCCGGACCUAAAAAAUAACCGCAUAUUAGAUGAACUGGUAAAAAGCUUGAAUUUUGCACGGAAUCGUCUAUUGCAGUUUGCUUUGGAGUCACCGCCCAUAUCUCCUGCAUCUUCUUCUUUAAAAAACCUUGCUGUCAAAGCACACACUCCUGUAGUCUACAAACAUUCUUUAAAGCAGGGAAGCAGGUUAAUGGAUAAUUUCUUGAUCAGAGAAAUGGGUGGUUCUACAUCAGAGUUGUUGAUAAAAGAAAAUAAAAGUAAAUUCAGCCCUCAAAAAGAGGCAAGUACUACUGCAGAGUCCAGAGAGACACAUUCUGUAGAAAAGAUGACUCCAGGCUCCUCAGAGGCUAAUGGUCCAGAGACACCAUCUACAUCCACUUUGAAACAAGUUACUAAAGUGGAUUGUCCUGUUUGUGGGGUUAACAUUCCAGAAAAUCACAUUAAUAAGCACUUAGAUAGCUGUUUAACACGUGAUGAGAAGAAGGAAAGCCUCAGAAGUUCUGUUCACAAAAGGAAGCCACUGCCCAAAACUGUAUAUAACUUGCUCUCUGAUCGUGACUUAAAGAAAAAGCUGAAGCAGCAUGGAUUAUCUAUCCAAGGAAAUAAACAGCAGCUCAUUAAAAGGCAUCAGGAAUUUGUGCAUAUGUACAAUGCCCAAUGUGAUGCUUUGCAUCCUAAAUCAGCUGCUGAAAUAGUUCAAGAAAUUGAAAACAUGGAGAAGACUAGGAUGCGUCUUGAAGCUAGUAAACUCAACGAAAGUGUAAUGAUUUUUACUAAGGACCAAACAGAAAAGGAAAUAGAUGAAAUUCACAGGAAAUAUCGUAAAAAACAUCGGAAUGAAUUUCAGCAUCUGGUGGAUCAGGCCAAAAAAGGAUACAAGAAAAAUGUUGGAAUGUCACAGAAAGCAGUAAUAACAAAAAAAGAAGAUGCAUCUACAGCAAAGCUAUUAUCUGUGUGCAUGGGAUGGGAAGAUAAUGCAGCGAAGUUCUCAAAUAAGACCUCAGUAACAAAUCACUCCCCUAAAUCACAGCUAGACUCCUCAGGGAAAUUGGAGUCUGAUAGACCAGAUGAUUCUUCCAGUGGUACUGACAUUCAAGAAGAAGAGCUUUCUUCACCAGAAUCAGAUUCAUGCAAUAGUUCUAGUUCAGACAUCAUUAGAGACCUUCUAGAAGAGGAGGAAGCCUGGGAAGCAUCACAUAGAAAUGAUCUUCAAGACACAGAAAUAAGUCCAACACAUAAUCGCCGCAUAAGAGCUGCUGAAAGUGCUGAGAUUGAACCAAGAAAUAAGCGAAAUAGGAAUUAGUGAAGAAAAUAAGUUUCAAAAGCAUCUUCAUUUGAUCAGUUGCCUCCUGACUGCAAAACACCUCUGCCUAAAAAUAUAGACAUUGACAUCCACAUGAUCACCAGCUUGUAGAGUGAGCAGACUCUUUGGCAGAUGGUUUGAUUUGGUUUGAUUUCUAAAUUUCAGAAUGUUCUUAAGCCAGUCUUCUUCUCUUCAUGGAGAACCCAACUUUAGCAAAGGAUUCUUUUCAACCUCUUUACCACAAGAAGCAAACUUCAAGAGUUAAGAGUGUCUGUGUUUUUGGAAAGGCAGGAUG